AAAGAAGAUAUGAUGAUCACCUUCCUUCAUCUCAAAUGGCUUCUUCUGCUUUCAUGACCAGUAGCAAGGUCUACUUGACCCAAUCUAAACAUACAAAUCUUUCAACCCCAUUGACUGUUUUCAAGUUUUCAUCAUCAUUUCAACCUCAAACCACACCUACUCACAAUGGACUGAAGCUCAGACACCUCCUCAAAGCAGCUCCUGAAGAACCAGUGUCUGAGUUGAUGGAAGAUUCUAAGUUUGUUCCAUUAAAUCCUGAUGAUCCUACUUUUGGUCCACCAGCUUUGUUAUUGAUUGGUUUUCAAGUCGAUGAAGUUGUGCAGGUACAGAAGUUUUUGAAAGAGCUGGAAGGUGAAUUCCUAGAGGUUAUCUUUUGCACUGAAGACAUGUUGACGGGCUCUCUCUGGGAAGCUAUAAAUACCAAACAGCCAAAUCUUGAAGCUUCCAAGAUUGCAAAAUCGUUACCACGGAUCUGCUUUUUAUCUGGUCUUACAGGAGAGGAGAUGAUGAUGUUCAUUGAUGCUUUUCCAGAAUCUGGAUUAUCAGGAGCAGUGUUUGCAGCUGUUGUACCCAACAGUGCCGAUAAACCAUUACUAGAGGUUAUAGAAGAGAUAAUGGGAGAUCAUGAGAUGAUGAAAUCACGAGAAACAAGCUAAAGAUAUACUAUAUAGAGAUAUAUUGGCGUUUAAUUACGUAUUGUGUACCAUGUAAUUAAAAGAACCUAAUAAGAGUUGGGUCAGAGUCAUCCAACAUUAACUAGUUGUGGUUUUCAAUAUUACAAUAUCUGUUGAAAACUUGAAAUGAUGACAAAUUCAAAACAA